AUGGCCCUUGUUUUACGCCCCUCCGUAUGGUUCUACCAUGAGUUCGGCCUGGUCUCCGUCUACGAGACGGGCGGAAAUGCGUGGCUUAUCAUUCUCGCGAGGUCUCUGCGCAUGUUCGCUUAUGGGACGAACUCUCUCAUCCUCGCUCUGUUCUUUGCAGAGAUCGGGUUCUCAGACUCCCAGCUGGGGCUGUUCAUGACACUGACCUUGCUCGGUGAUGUCUUUCUGGGCACUGCACUUACUCUCGUUGCGGAUAAAGUAGGGCGAAGAAGGAUCCUGUUGAUGGGCUCGGCAUUGAUGGUCUUGACUGGCUGCAUCUUUGCUUACUUCGAGAACUUCUGGAUUCUCCUCUUCGCCGCCGUGGUUGGUGUUGUAUCCGCAACUGGUGGUGACUUUGGACCUUUUCGAUCUAUCGAGGAGUCCAUAAUAUCCCAGAUCACCAGCCCAUCCUCAAGAGCAGAUGUUCUCGCCUGGUAUGUCACUCUCUCCGCUCUUGGAUCCACUGCCGGUAGCGAAGCCUCUGGUCGGAUCAUCGAGUUUCUUCAACGACGGGACGGGUGGACUCUCGCUGAUGCCUACCACUCCCUGUGGUGGGUCUACGCAAUCUUCGGCUUCUUGAACGCCGGCCUUGUGAUACUUCUCUCAAAGGCAUGCGAAGCAGACAGCCAGCAAGAGAAGUAUGCUCAAGUGCCGCAAGAAGAGUCAGAGGACAACAGCAUCGAGCUGGUCGAAAGCCCAGCGAGGCCAGGUGCUGUGGCUCUGGAUGGUCCGACUCUACCUCCGCCGCCCAAGAAAUCACGCUUCUCGUGGCUGUCAGGUUGGAUUGGAAACAUUUCAACACCGACACUCUCAGUAAUGUGGAAGCUCUGGGCUCUGCUUGCUGUAGACUCCCUAGCAGACGGUAUGGUUCCAUACUCUCUGACGAACUACUACAUGGACGACAAGUUCCACCCGAGCAAGGCCGCACUUGGAGAUGUCACGUCAGUGAGCUACUUUUUGAGUGCAGUCGGUGGUGUCUUCGCUGGGCCGAUGGCGAGGAAGAUCGGCUUAGUGAAUACCAUGGUCUUCACUCAUAUUCCCUCUUCGGCUGCCGUGCUGGUCUUCCCGUGGCCAAACAUGUUCUGGCUCACUGCGGUCCUGCUUUUCGUACGUGCAGGUCUGAACAACAUGGACCAAGCGCCGCGAUCUGCGUUGAUCGCUGCCAUCGUCAAGCCAGAAGAGCGAACUGCGGUAAUGGGCAUCACAUCCAUGAUGCGCACUCUCGCUGCUACUGCUGGCCCAACAGUAACGGGCCUUUUGGCUGGAAGCAACCGAUUCUGGAUUGCAUUCGUCGCUGGAGGUGCUUUCCGACUCGCCUACGACAUUGGACUUUGGGUCAUCUUUGUCAAUAUCAAACUUCACCAACACGAAGAAGUUCAGCCUGAGAUGGUGCAGACCGGUCAGCAACGACAGCAUGAUGAUAAUGAGGAAAUGGGUUCUUUGGCUGGAUCGGAUGAGGAUAACGACGAAGACGACAGGACUACGAAAUGA